AUGAGGAGGACUCAACAAAACGGCGGGCGUAAGGCUCGACCAGGACCUGCUUCGUCCAGGAACCCCGGCAAGCCUGGAGUGAGCUUCAGCAAUGAGCCGCUGUUGCGCACAGGUAGCAACAGACUAUCACCCCACAAGACACAAAGUCCAGGCAAGAGCAGUUUCCGGAGCCGUCAGGAACGCUACAAACCCCGGCCUCAAGACGAUGAUGAGGCUAUGGACAUCGAUAUCUCGGAGCUUGGUUCAACUGACAGCGUGUCGAGUGCCAGUUCCGAAGCACCACCGGAUAUCGAUGAGCAGUUCGGGAACUCUGGACCCAGCGACAGGGGAAACCCACCUACAUUGACUACACGCUUCGACGAGGAUGUAGGCCGAGCACUCUUUCGUGCGCGCCUUGAACAGAGCUCUGAUGCCGGCUCAGACAACAAUGGCAAGGACGAAAUGUUGGUGCUCGGAAUUGAAGAGCUCAAAGGAAAGCUCGUGGAUUUUGCCAGUCGCGUGCCCUUGGUCUCCAAGACAGAGACGGGUUACACAGAUAAGCUUCUCAAGUCAUCCAAGGAGCAGCUCGUGCGCUACAUCGGGUCGAUCGCUAUGGGUGGACGAAAAGGGGAAGAAGGGUGGAAGGAGCUGCUGACCGAUGCCGAAGCUCGAAAAGCGAUUGUGAUGGGUGUCGUGGCUCGGGCCCUGAAAGAACAUGUCUUUGGUGACUAUUUGUUCGGAGCAGACGAUGAGCUGCGGGAGAAGCUGGAGAGCAUUGAUACGAGCGGCACUACGCAUGAUGGCUUCGUGCGCACUCAAGAGCGCGCGACAUUGGUGAACCAGAACCGCAUUGAUGCACAUCUGUUGGCGCAAGAUGUAUUCCGGGUCCGGCACCAGCUUGCGAAAAUGCUCAAGCCCUUCUGGGCUGGCAAGAACGCAUCUGACAGGUCUGUUCGUGGUAUGGGCGAGGAAGAUCUCAAGGCUCUUGACGAGAUUAUCAAGCACGCAGCAUCGAUCUCGCAUUUGAUCCGGCGAGCACCAGAUGUGGUGUACUAUUGGUCACCAGCCUUCAAGGAUGAAGAGUUUGAGCCGGCCAGCAUGGAGGCGCUCAAUCUUGCGACUAUGAUUCGAACAAGCCCGUACGACAAGGUGACGGACGAUAGAGGGUUUGAACGAGCGGUGCUCAGGAAGCAGGAGGAGAAUUCCGAGGCCAUCGUCCGCAUUGUGGUCUUCCCUGCCGUUGUCGCCUAUCGCCAGUACGGUGGGUCUCUUGCGGCAGCUGAGAUCAAGGUUGAGAAGGAGGGCAGCAGGCGGCUCCCACCCGACGUGCGGGACAGACACAACCAACCCAUCACUGUUCAACAAGGUUUCCGCUCAAAGCUCAUCAGCAAGAGCGUGGUGCACUUGUCGUGGGGCAAGCAGAUGCUGCUGACAAAGGAGGCCGGGACUGCAGCGCAUCUCGACGCUGUCCGCGAUGGGCAUAUGGGAAAGUACUCGAGGGAUAGCGCCAACCACGUGGAAUUGCACAAGCUGUACGAAGCAGUGCACGACGGCGCGCGGGUGCGUUGAGUCGCCAUGACAGGGAAGGCUUCACGGUGGCAGGCGAUUGGGCUGGGUGCGGCGUGGAGUGUCGGGGCGGUGGGCGGUCUGGUGCCGUGUGGUAGGAAGACGUUCUUCUCCUCGAUA